AUGAAAAAGCGAAAAUCGAAGGAAGCUUCCAGUUCGGAAACCCUGGGAGAACAUCUCCAGGCCGAUGAUGAGACUCUUCAACGCGAGGCCUCUCCAAUUUACGGUGAAGAAGAGGAAGUUGCUGUAAGUCCCCAAAUAAAGAGGAAGAGGAAGAAGAAACUUUUGGAGGGUAACUCUGGGUUGCGCUGGAGGAAAAGGAGAUUAAUGCUUCGAAGGAAACCGGUUCACAUUCCUAUGAUGAGAAAACGGGUGCCAAAAAAAAAAAUAAAGAAGCGGUUGUUGAAGGAGGCAGAGAAGGCCGAUAAGCGUGGUGUCUGCUAUUUGAGUCGGAUUCCCCCGCAUAUGGACCAUCUAAAGCUUCGGCGUAUUCUCUCUCCAUACGGUGACAUUCAAAGGAUUUAUCUUGCUCCUGAAG